UUGAAAAACACGAUAAAUGACCAUACUUGGUGCUACUUACUUGAUGAAUGGUAAGAUGCCAGAAGUUUUAUCUACUAUCAGCACAAAUGUUAACACAGUAAAAAAGGCAAACCAAGUCUUGGGAACCACACUUUGAAAACUGCUGCUUUAAUAUUUAUCCUCACAAAAUACAAAGUUAUCAUAAAUACACAAUUAACUUCAUAACUAUAAAAGUGUUUUGCAUGUCUUAAAUUAAAAAUGAGAAGGAAUGAAAAGACAGGAGGUCUAGCUGACGGCAGGGUUUGGGUGACAGUGAGAGCAUCAUGGUGGGCGGGCGAGGGGGAAGCUAGUAAGUCCACAAAUGGAAGUCUGGGACUUCUGAAGUCUGUCAGAUUUGUUCCAAGAGUUUGUCAAAAGAGCUGGUGAAUAAGAUGGAAUGGGGACAAAUGUAAACAGGAUAGAGGAUUUUUUUUUUUUUUUUGAGAAAUUAAUACUUGGGUGUUACAGUGUCCCCACCGUAACAAUGGCUGGAGAUGGAGUUAGAAAAGAGAAGUAAGGCAAGGCAAUUCUUCGUUGGUGAAAAGCUACCCAAAUUCAGUGGGUAAUCCCUUUUAGGAAUAGAAUUAAAAUGUUCCUCGAGUAUCAGAAUUGUUGCUCAAAGGUAAUCAGAAUCGUCUGGAAAUGGGGAUGGAAGAGAUUAUAGAUCCCUUUCUCUCUUUCCUUAAAAGCAGUUUCCCUUUAGGUGUAUUGGCCCUUUUUCAGUUGUCCAAGGUGAAAAAUCUAGUUUCCCUUAAAUUUUGUUAAGUUUUUCUUUUGGGGGUGCCUUUUUAUUUUUUUAAUCGAUAUCUUUAUUGGUCAGCUCUUAGAUGACAGAUGUCUUCGGCUUUGCCCACAAAACUUGAGGUGCCUCACACUUAGGCGCAUGCGUACUCAGAAAGCGGGUUCUCCCUUAAAUUUGACACCCAAGUGCCACUCCCCUUUAAGGAGGCCCGGGAACCUGGCUGCAUUUUCCGGCUUGUGCAAGCCCUGGGAAAGGGAGAGCGUCCUUAAAUGCCUGAAGCCAGUCUUUGCGGCAUUCUAGUCCCGGAUGUUCCUCCAGAGCUUUAAUACUCUCUGCCUUCUAGUAAGUGCCUUUUCUUCUUUUUUCUUUUUCAGCUGCUUUUUUUUUUUUUUUUCCUAGUGCCUUACAGGGAAGUGGUGUCCUGUGUCCUCACUUGUAACUAAUUUUCAGCCCAGUGCUAAAUUUUGAGAAAACUUGGAAGCCCCCUCAAUCUCAGGAUACGGGUGUGAGUCCCGUGCGUCCUCCCCCGAGCAUGUGGCUGCUGGCUGCGGAAGACCUGCGGGUUCGAGGAGCCGCGGAUGCGCUGAGGGGAUCUGAUGCUUGGCUGAGGGUGGACACCGCGGUUGGCAAGUGUGACUCCCCCAAAUUACCGCCACUCUUUUAUGGUUCAGUGUGCAGGGAGGUAUUCCACGGCAGAAAGUUCACCUGGGGACACCUGCCAGGAUGUCCAGGAGGCUCAGCUCCCAGUUACAGCAAAAAUUCCCGGAAGAUGUCUACUGUGAGAAACACCUGGAACUAGUGCAGUUGUUCUGUGUUGAUGACCAAAUCCUGCUGUGUGGCCAGUGCUUCCACUCUCAGGAGCACCAGAAUCACUUGGUGUGUGGAGUACAAGAGGCUGCUGGCGUUUAUAGGAAGUUAUUCCAGGAGAUAUUGAACACAUUGAAGGAGAAACUUGAAGUAGCUAAAAGCAUAUUGGCUGAUGAGCAAGAAAGAAUGGUGAUGAUUCAGGGAGAAGAGCAGGAUUUUAAAGAGAUGAUUGAGUCUGAAUAUAGAAUAAGGUUCCGGUUGAUGGUUGAAGAGAUGAACUUCCGGAGCCUACAAGACUGCGUAUUCAACCCAAAGUUGAGGGAAGACCAUCUGAAUCAAGUGCUGGCGUUUGCCACAGAGCUGAAGGGGCAGUCCCAGGAAACGCUACAGAGACUGAACGAUUUGGGGAAAGAGAACAUGAAUAAACUGAAGGAGAGUGAAGGCCGGCUUUCGGGACACAUCUGCAGCCUCCAAAAGAUGACUGUAGAGCUGGAGAAGAAGUGUGGGAAAUACACCCUAAUGGUGCUCCAGAAUGCAGGAUCUUCUUUGAAAAGGAGUGAGUCACUACUGCUUCAGUGUCUGGAGCAAGCCCAAAUCACGGACCUGAGUUUAUGCCAAGUAACAGGAAUGAGCAGAAUGCUCAAAGUUCUGCAAAGAGCUGUCACUUUGGAUCCUAAAACAGCUAAUCCCUGUUUGGUCUUAUCUGAGGAUCUGAGAAGCAUGCAUCUCAGAAAUGUCCAGCAGGACGUGCCUCGCAGCCCAGGAAGAUUUGUCUUCAGUGCCACCGUGUUGGGUGUGGAAAGCUUCACCUCAGGGAGGCACUACUGGGAGGUGGAUGUGGAGAAGGCCACCAAGUGGCAGUUGGGGGUAUCUGAAGAUUCUGCCAGCAGACAUGGUAGUCUACCCACCGCUUCGGGAAAUAAAGUCUUGCUCAUGGGUUCUUUGAUGGGAACCAAUUAUACCUUCUGGGCCUUUCCCCCUCUGAAGAGGGUCUCCUUGAGAGGAGAGCAGAUGCACAAAGUUGGAGUCUUCCUAGACUGUGAGUCUGGGCAGAUAUCCUUCUAUGAUGUGGCAAACAGAUCCCUCAUUUAUAAUUUCUCUUCCCUCACCUUCCAAGGAGCUCUCAGGCCCAUAUUUUCUCUUUGUAUCCCAAGUGGAGUCACAAAUUCAGACUCACUUAGCAUUUGCCUUCCUCCCGUUUCUUCUUGUGAUGUUACUGUUAGCCCAGUCUUCCUUGGCAUGAAAUCUAAGAGGGGGCAGAAGUAAAGAGUUUGACUUUGUAAAAGAAUCUACAUAAAGUAAUCCAAUAAAAGAUUUCUCACACUUGA